CGUCGCAACCAAACAGGCUACACACUCACGCGUGUUACCUACGUUUAGUAAGAUAAAACCUAUCAAGUGAAAAUAAAAUCGAAAUUUCGUUCGACAUCAUGUGUGUUAGUAAUGCCGUUAACGAAACUAUACCACAUUGCUCAAACACCAGUGUGAAGAAACCUACAUCAUCAACAUCCGAAGAUCACUUCAGAGACAUCCUUUAUGAGUCCACCAAACAAAUCAAAAGCAUCUUUUAUCAAUUCGAUGCGGCUUAUAAAAAAUGUCAACGCUCUGCUUAUUAUAGAGUAUUAUUUAAUACAACUCAACCAGCCCAUUUAGUAACAAUCGUAGCAAUAUCAAUCAUAGGAUUUUUCGUAUACCCAAGUGAAAAAACAAACCAACCGUCAAAAUUAUGGAAUUUCCUCCAUUUGACCGCGUUUUGUGUCCAUUUGGGUACACAAAUAUGGAUGACUUUUGUGUCGGGACUUUCCCUUUACUUUGCAUUGCCAAGACACGAUUUCGGUAGAGUGCAAGAGGUGCUUUUCCCGAAGUAUUUUUUGCUGAACUCGAUUUUAAGUUUGAUCACCUUAGUAAUCUACUUGAGAUAUCAUAAUUCCCAGUUAGGAAAUCCAGAGAUACUGUUACAAGUGUCGGCAAUGUCGACAUGUUUUUUGACUGAAUUAGUGAUCCGAUUAUACUUCACGCCGCCUUUGCUACGCUUGAUGGCGGAAAAGAAUAGUAUGGAAAGAAGAGUGGGUGUUGGUAAAGAAAUCGGUUCGUUUGAAGGCGAAAAAUUAGCAUCAUCCACCGAUUAUCUCCGCGUGCAUAAAGCUUUUAGGAAGAUUCAUAUGAAAAUCGCCAUGGGGAAUAUCCUUACAAUGGUGUGCACUGUGAUACAUCUACUUUAUUUAUCAAACAAAAUCUGCAUCUUGUAAAUACUUUAUUUAUUUUAAAAUUUUUAGUGUUAACUUUCAUCAUUCAGACUUUUCCAGUAUUAUCAUUUAAAUUUAACUACUUCGUUUUUAAUUCUAUGUAUUUAUUAAAUUAU